AUGGAAGAGCCCAUGUCUAAGAGCAACAUGUCACAUCCUGAAAACAUAAAUGACUUAGGAAUUCAGCAUAUUGCCGAUGGACCUCAAACAGGCAGAUCCCCCCCUCACGGAGCAGUCCGGGGUCUGGUGUGCCGAGUGUGUGCUGACUCCAGCAGCGGUAAACACUACGGAAUCCACGCCUGCAAUGGCUGCAGCGGGUUCUUCAAGCGCAGCAUCCGGCGGCGACUCCUCUACAGGUGUCAGACGGGUACCGGAACAUGCGUUGUUGACAAGGCUCAUCGGAACCAGUGUCAAGCUUGUAGACUGCAAAGAUGUCUGCAAGCUGGCAUGAACAGAGAGGCCGUGCAACACGAGCGACAGCCCCGAAGUAUGGCGCGGGUCGGCCUGGACUCUGUGAGCUCAGACGUUGAGAAGGAAAACCUCCCCGACGCGCGGGACCCUGCCUGCAGUCCGCCCGGAACGUUGCCCCCCGGCCGCCCCCUCCUCUGCUCCUCUGUCAGUUCAGCCGCCAGCACGCCGCCCUUCAGCACUAGCCCUGAGGACCGCCCCCACCUGCAGGGUCUCAGCAACCCUCCCAGCAGCAGCAGCUGCAGCAGCAGUCCCAGGAAGCAGCACAGGCUGAUGGUUAGCCUGUUGACAGCAGAGACCUGUGCCAAGCGGGACCCUGGAGAGAUGGAGGAGACCCCUGAUAUGACUACAGAGGGGCCAAAGAGGGAGCAGAGCCAGGCACCCUGCAGGGUCUAUCCCCUGUCCGGCCCGGAGAGCUUGGACCACGUCUCCGCCCACCUACUCUUCAUGGCAGUGAGAUGGGCCAAAAACAUGCCAGUGUUUUCCCACCUUCCGUUUCGAGACCAGGUGAUUCUACUGGAGGAGGCCUGGAGUGAGUUGUUUCUGCUCAGUGCUAUCCAGUGGGCCCUGCCCAUGGACAAGUGUCCCCUCCUCUCUCGUCCAGACCGCCCCUCCUCUGAGCAGCCAAAGGCCAGUCUCCCAACAGUGGACCUACACUGCCUGGGAGAUGUCUUUGACCGCUUCAAGGUCCUGGCUGUGGAUCCCACAGAGUUUGCCUGUCUGAAGGCGAUCGUCCUGUUCAAGCCAGAGGCACGCGGUCUGAAGGAUCCAGACCAAGUGGAGAGUCUGCAGGACCAGUCCCAGGUAUUACUGGGCCAGCACAUCCAUUCCCUUCACCCCAGUCAGAGUGCAAGGUUCGGGAGGCUGUUGCUUCUGCUGCCAUCAUUCCACUCUGUGAGCUCAGAGAAGAUAGAGCAGACGUUCUUCCGCAGCACCAUUGGCAGUACUCCCAUGGAGAAGCUACUCUGUGACAUGUUCAGAAACUAAAGACGCCUCCACACCAGAACAUUCACUCGUGACCCUAAUGGUAGCAUUUUCUUUUUCUGCUGCUCUCUUUUCUAUGUUCUGUCUUUUCAAUUACAAUAAACAUUUCCCGA